AAAAUAUCCCGUGCAAUAAUUCACUAGAACAACAAAAACAAGAAUUGCAAGAAAAUCCAAAACCCCUAUGCCUCUUCUUCUACUAAAUAAGUAAUAUUGUUUCUGGUGAUAUAAAACAACUUCUUCACUUUGAAAGGAAAGGAAAGAGUAAAAAGAAAGAUUUGUUUGUAUUGAACUUUAUGGUAUAGAUUACUACUUGGAACAGGUCUAAUUAUACUGUCUUGUCGCAGACGGACCUAAUGGCUUUUGCUUUCCAAAAAAGAACAGGUUUGGAAUUGGAAUUCCUAAAUUUUCAGGUUACAACCAAAUAUGACCUUUCAGUCACUAUUUAUCACUUCCCUUCUUUACCACUCCCAUAAAGACACCAAAGACAAAGCGACCACAUAGCCCCUACCACUGGUUCUUUAUAUCGUCCUUCGUUCGCUACCAUAAGUCUCAGAACCCACAAGUGCUAUUAACAAUUUCUAGUUUCAGGGAAGAACAGGAGGACGGUUUAAUUUCAUCAUAUGAAGAAGAUGAACACUUGCAUACUAGUCCCAUCAUAGUAUAUUCAAUAUUUUUGCCAAGAAUUGGGUAUAUUCUACUGCAAUUUCCUGCUGCAAAAUCCAAGAUUAAGAAUUUAAAGAUCAUGGAGGUUUAUCAUCGUCCUUACCGGCGGUUACUUCUUGAUCCCCAUCCUGUUAUCCCACCUAGUAGUACUGUAAGCAAACCCCACCACGGUUACUCAAACGAAGCAAAUUUUGACACCAACAUGGUGAUCAUUUUAGCAGCUCUGCUCUGUGCAUUAAUAUGUGCUCUUGGCCUAAAUUCAAUUGUGAGAUGUGCGUUACGUUGCAGCCGGAGAUUUGCUUUUGAGUCAGAAAAUGCCACGGCUGCACGCUUAGCUGCCGCAGGGCUGAAAAAGAGCACACUUAGGCAACUUCCGGUGUCUGUUUAUGGAUCAGGAGUUAAUAUUCCAGCCACGGAUUGUCCCAUUUGCCUCGGCGAAUUCAUGGACGGUGAGAAAGUAAGAGUUUUGCCGAGAUGUCACCAUGGGUUUCAUGUGAAGUGCAUAGAUAUUUGGUUGGCUUUACAUUCUUCUUGUCCAACAUGUCGACAAUCAUUGCUGGAACAGAACACAACAACAGCAGUGGAUGUUGAAACUGGAUUGGGGCAACCUGCUACUGCUGCUUCAGGUGGACAUGCUGAUGCUACUCCUACAACUGCUGCUGAUCAGGAGGUUUUCCUUUUGGUGAUUAUAAGCGAUUCAUAGCAAUUUACAGUUGCGUUGUCAGAUGUCAAUAGUAAGAUGGAGGUCGUGUUACUAUGGCCAGCAAGUCAUGUAGAUCAAAAGCCACUUGGUUCCAAAUAUCAAAUCAUGAUCUUGAACUGCCAGAAACAAUGCCUCUACCGAGUUAAUCAGCAUCAACACUGGAAACUGCAAAUUUGAGCACUAGAAAGCCGAAAGUUUAAAUAUUUGAUUAUGCGUUCCUUUUUCUCUCUUAUUCGGGUUAUUACCUGAACUUCUACUUGUUUGGUCUCUGUAUGAUUUGAUGAGGCACACUAAUAUACUGAUUGUUUGCCAUAAGGAACAAAAGGAAUCAUAAGCAUGUGCUAAAAGAACAGAAUCUCUCUACACAACUUUUCAUCAUGUAGUUCUUUCUUCCUCUUUUAUGGAUCAAAUUGGUCCACAACGUCUCUUGGGGUAGAAAAAAUCUACUUAUUGCAAUUGGCAAAGUAAGGUAUCAGCUGGACAUUUAAGGGGCCUUUUGGUAGUGUACUAAAAAGUAUAAUGAAUGCAUUAAUUAACGUGUAUUAC